CGCCCACUUCAACGCCGGGCUCGCGACUCGCGCGCUCUGGGACGGGGCGCCAGCUGCACGGGCCAAGCUGCCUUCCGAGCCGGGGCACCGCUGCCAUCUGCGCUGCUAAGCGCCAGAGCUUCCGGGCCGCGCUCAGUCCCAAGUGGGCCACCAUGGAGGCGCAGGCACAAGGUUUGUUGGAGAGUGAACCAUUACAAGGAAGAGAUGAGGACGCAGUAGCCAGUGCUGAUUUCUCCAGCAUGCUCUCUGAAGAGGAGAAGGAAGAGCUCAGGGCAGAAUUAGUUCAGCUAGAAGACGAAAUCACGACAUUACGACAAGUCUUGUCAGCCAAAGAAAGACAUCUGGUUGAGAUCAAACAAAAGCUCGGCAUGAAUCUGAUGAACGAAUUAAAGCAGAACUUUAGCAAAAGCUGGCAUGACAUGCAAACCACUACUGCUUACAAGAAAACGCACGAAACCCUAAGUCACGCAGGGCAGAAGGCAACUGCAGCUUUCAGCAAUGUUGGGACAGCCAUCAGCAAGAAGUUUGGAGACAUGAGGUACUCCAUUCGCCAUUCCAUAAGUAUGCCUGCCAUGAGGAAUUCUCCUACUUUCAAAUCAUUUGAGGAGAGGGUUGAGACAACUGUCACAAGCCUUAAGACGAAAGUAGGUGGGGCAAACCACAGUGGAGGCAGUUUUGAGGAAGUCCUCAACUCCACAGCGCAUGCCAGUUCCCAGAACACAUCGGGAGGCCCCCGGCAGGCUGAGGAGGAGCUGCAGUGCUAGGUCCAGCCAGCCUGCAGCUGCGUCCAUGAGCUGGCUACUGGCCACUGCCUCACCCGUCUCUGCCUGAGCAUAUCCAGAUACGAAGACCAAAAUCCCACUGGGAACACCGAUGUCUUGAUAUUGUUAUUCAAAUAGCUUCUCCAGGAAGUCUCCUAAAAUGAUUUCUGUAUGUAUUUGUGUUGAUGAUGGACCAUUUAGCCACCACCCUUCAGUAAUUAUAGACGGUCAUCUUUUAAAAAAAUUGUACACACUGGAGCAGGAACACAGUUGUAAUUCUUAUCUGUGUAGUUCAACAUAUAUUUCCCAAACAUAUAGCUAUUAUUUGCUUUUAGUUUUUUGCUUGGCUUCCAUGAUGAUAUGCAUGUCCCUGAAGACUGACUGAAGUCCAUUCAGUUCUUCCGCUCAGCAGGUGGCACUCUGCCCUGUUUCCAACUGUCUCCAGCAGCAGGUGACGUCACCAAACUGCUUGUUAUCCCCUUACCAAUAUCAAUUAUGUAUGUUUAUGUACAUCAUUAAAAUAAUUGAUUUUAA